AUGACGAACUCUGAGAAGCAGCCGUACUACGAGGAGCAGUCGCGCCUGUCGAAGGUGCACAUGGAGCAGCACCCUGACUACCGGUACCGACCGCGACCGAAGCGGACCUGCAUUGUCGACGGGAAGAAGCUGAGAAUCAGCGAAUACAAACAGCUGAUGAAAAGUCGAAGGCAAGAGAUGCGCAAUCUGUGGUACAAGGACGGCAGUGAGAUGAUUGGACCGGAUCAGAUGAGCGCCAGCGCGAUGAUGGCCGCCGCCGCUGCUGCCGGUGCCGGCGGUCUGGCCGGCAUGGACUCCAACGCAAUGGCCUCGGCGGCCGCAGCCGCUGUCAUGCAGUCCUUCCUCAGCGGCGGGGGAGGUGGUGCUGGAGGAGGUGUCGGCGGCGGUGGUGACCCCACCUCGACGAUGUCCUUUCAGUCUGCGGACAGCUACAACUCGGACAGCAACUCCAGCAAUAUGAUGGGCCGCGAUGAGGACUUUGACCUCGAUUCAGGCGAGUCGGGCGCCGAUUCUCCGCCACCAGUGCAGCUCGGCAGUGCAGUGCUCGAUGAUUGA